CACCAUAUCUGGGUGUCAAUGCUACAAAAAUUUCAAAUUAUUUUGAGAGAAAACACGUCAGCUUAGAAACCAAAUCCAAUAUUAGACAAACCUGUUGUAUGCCACAAAUCACAAUCCAAUCCCUAAUUUUGUAUCUUGCAAAGCCCCCAACCCCCACACACACAAAAAAAGGGGAAAGUCACUUAAAUUAAAACCCUGAGAAUGUGAAAAUUUUGAAACUCGCAUCAACCGACUCUGACCCUUGGAUUGGAGUGUCGCUUCGUUUGGGCGCCAAAGGCGUUUCUAGUCACACAGAAGAAAAAGACUUACUCAAGAAGCUUCGAGAAAAUGUCUGGAAAAGCGAAGAGGAGAGAUGACGACGGUGCUUCCGACGCCGACUCUGAAGGCCACGCGCCGCCCAAGAAGUCCCUCAAGAAGGAUUCCGAUGACGAUCCCGACUCUAUUACCGUUUGCGAGAUUUCGAAGAACAGGAGGGUUGCCGUGAGGAACUGGAAAGGCAGCAUUAUGGUUGACAUUCGCGAGUUUUACGUCAAAGAUGGCAAGCAAUUGCCUGGCAGAAAAGGUAUCUCUUUGACCAUGGAUCAGUGGAAUGUGCUUCGUAAUCAUGUUGAAGAAAUUGACAAGGCAAUUAAUGAGAAUUCUUAGGAAGUGGGCAUUCUAGUCAAUUUUAUAGUUUACUAUGGUAGCAUGUUAUAUACUCUUUUUGGAUUACUUAAAGUACAGUUAAGGGCUACAGUAUUUUGUCUAAUCAAACCCUUUGAGGUUGCUAUUGUAGGAUUUCGAUUUUAACCUCUGGUUGCUAAUGCAUGUAAAGUGUCCUCUAUUAAAUAUGCUAGUUGUUAGUUAACUAUAUAUACUGCUACCACAUCCAUGUUAUUUACCCUUUGUUUGGAACAGUAAAGAUUGUGGAGAAAUAAAAGGGAAGGAGAAACUACAAAUUUCAAGAA